AAUUUGAUUGAAGUGUUGGUAAUAAGUUUUAACUUUGCAAGGAUAUUGAUAUUAACUAACUCUUGUCAUUUUAAAAUGCCAUCCAGGCUUUUUUUAAUGAUGGUUAGGCUAACCAUCAGACAUGUGAACCUUUGGCCAUGACAGAGAGGUAGAUAUAGGUCUCAAAAGCGGUAGUUUGUGUUCAAAAGCGGUAGAAUUUCUAAUUUCUUAAAUUUUCAGACAAAAACAAUGAUGGAAACAAUGUAAACAAAAACUUGAUAUUUGUUACUAUUUUUAGAUUUUUGGAAAAUACGCAUAAAAUACGUCAUGGUUAAAACUUGUCAAGUGUCAGUGUUUUUGAUUGAGAAACAGGAGAAAUAUUACCUCUGACUUGUAAAAACAAGUUUAUAUUCAGACGAGCUGCUAAAAAAUCAAAUCAGACUGCCAAAACAGGUCAGAGUGUUAACUAUGCAGACGACUGCAGAACUGUUUAUGUCCCGCCAAAAUGUCGUAAAAUUUUAUACACUGUCAGAUAAUUAAUAACACCUUGGUAAUGUUGUUUUCUUUAAUGUUUUGACAGUUUUAUAAUGUCUUUGAUAUUUACAAAAAAGCUGAUUAGUAGGAUGCCAAUUAACAAAGAAUGCUGAUUAGUUGUAUUUUGUACCGUACCGGUAACUUAACAACGAUCUCAGCAGAAGUGUGAAGUGAUUUGACAAGUUGUUUAUUUCACCAUGUUCUUUAAAGUGACAGAUUAAUAUGGAAUUUUAGCAUGGUUGAUUUAAUUAUGAGGUUUAAUUUAAAUUUACGGCCAAUUUGAUAUAAUUUUGGGAUUUUUUAGAAGAGCUUUUAAUAACGGUAGAUUUCGACGGGAAAGCGGUAGGGCGUUUGAAGAGUCUCAAAAGCGGUAUAUAUUACACACCGCCGGUAGAGUUCUCAUGUAUGGCUAACCAUCAUUAAGAUACAUGUAGAUGUUAACACUCAACAGUUCGGUAAAUUUGUGACUAGUGGUAAUAAAACAAAAUUUUGUUUUUGAAAAUUUGAUAUCUUGUGAUAUUUUAUUGAACUAUAAAGUGUAUAGCAAACCCAGCUAACUAACUUUUUUAUAAUGAUGAAUUGUCAUUCAAACACUCAACUGUACAAAGACUGUACAAAGAUAAAGGAGGCUUCACUACCCAUCGUCUGCAUUGGUGUCCGCAUUUGCGAUCGCUUCCAGUUCAAGGUUUAGGGCAAGUUAGCAUUUUCACUUUACUCCAAUUAUAUCCUUCAUUCAAUUCACUUAAUACUUCAUCACCGGGGAUGAGCAAAAAAAGUCACGUGACCACAAAUGCAAACGCCAGUAGUAUUACGCCAGUAGUAUUUUGGCUCGAUUGAUCGUCAAUCAAGGUAAGUUUCUUAAUCGAUAUUUUUGUUAUACGCGAGAGUUCGUUCAAAUGACAUAGCGCAAAAAAGAAUGCAUUGUUUUGUCUUUCGAUCGGUGUAUUUGUCACCAUUCAUGUAUGCAUAGUUUCCGAGAACACUUCGAUACAAAUUGUGUCUAUGAAUGCAAAUGCAUGUAGGUAGUGUUAAAAUGUCACAUAUUAAGAUAAAUUGCCACAUUUUUUUAAUUGUUUUGACUUUCAGUUGUUCAAUAAUGGCUUUUAUUUGUUUUAUGAAUAUUUUGUGGGAUGCAAUUUGUACAAACAAAUGCAUUUUCUGAAGUAUUUAAAUUUGGCAAACGCACGUUGGCAAUUUCAUAAGGCAAACGUACGUAGUCUACCUGAAAUGACAUACGCACAUAGGCAUCGUAUAUAAUAAUAAUAAUGAGUUAUCGUAUAUGUCGAAAGCUUUUAAAACUUUUUAUUCUUUUUAUAACUAUUGCUGUAAGAUUUUUGAAUUUAUAUUUAAUUAUUAUCAUGAUCAUAAUGCUUACGGUCAUAUGCAUAAGGGAAAGUGAAACACUUUAUGUCGUUUUACUUAUCUAGAUAAGCCAUCUUUUAAGAUUUUAAUAAGCGUUUGUUUGCACGAGACGUAUUUUUUAUGAACAUGCUUUUACAGAUGAUAUUCUUUUAACAAACUACAAUUUGUGUAAUAUAUUUUGCGAAGUAAAUCAAGUGGCGCUUAAUUAAUGAAUGACAGUGUCUGUUUCAGUGAUGUCAUUUGUUUGCCACGUUUGUGGAAAUGUGUUGAAAACGACAUGGGGUUGAAAUUGCAUGAGCGCCGCCAUGAUGGUGUAAAAGCAUUUACAUGCUGUUAGAAACAGUUACACUCCACGGAGAGCUUGACGUGCCAUAUGUGCACCACACAUGGAUCCAAUAAGCAGUUUCUGUGCCCAAAAUGCAUGCAGGAGGUCACCACACAUACGUACCUGAACAGGCAUUGGGGAGGAGAAGAUGGCACGACACGUUAUACGUGCGACAUGUUUUCAGGUUCAAUAAUGCAGUAUUUGUGUUACCUCCUGGGGGUUCUGACAGUGGCGUUUGCCCAGGAAUUAGAAGAAUGCUUCGAGAAUUGUACCGAGUACAGGCCACAUGCUCCUCUUGUUCUUUGCUCGUAUUUGCCGAUGGAAUACCUUGCUUGUAUUGAACCGGUGGAUCUGAAUGGUAAUGAGACUCGCAGGCUGGAGCUUGAUGGCUUUGGAUGUACCAAGUGGGGAGGUGAGCGCUAUGAGGAUGUUCAGAAAUCAAAGGUCAUGUGCAUAGUGUUACAGGGUAUCACUUGUCAUGGCAACCGCACAUUCCAAAAGGACGGAUUUCCGUGUAUAAAGUAUGAAGGGCAUUAUUUUGUCACCACCCUGAUCUACUCGGUGUUGUUGGGUUUCCUGGGAAUGGACAGAUUCUGUCUGGGGCACACAGGUACAGCAGUUGGAAAGUUGAUGACACUGGGCGGUGUUGGGAUCUGGUGGAUUGUGGAUGUCGUUUUGCUGGUGACCGGUUCAUUGAGACCAGAACAGGGCAGUAACUGGGUACCGUACUACUGAAAUAUGGGCGCCAGGGAAAUGGAGAAAACUAACUUUUGACACUGGUAGUUGGGGGACCAAGUGGAUUGUGGAUGUCAUGUUACUGGUGACCAGCUUAUGGCAGCAACUGGUAAUUGGUAUGGUUCCACUGACAACGGGAACCAAACUGGCAUUUAAUAAAGAUGAGCAUUUAUUUACCAUUUAUUGAAAUUUGGAGCCAGACCCAGAAUGAAAGUAAAAAAGAGGGUGUUGGGUCUGUGUUUAACUUACCAAAUCCUCGCAGCGGUUGCUUAUGUUCUUGUGCAGCAAUCACUACCGUCAUGUGUUUCAUGUUAUUGUAAAAAAACAUGUGAGUAUUUUCUACAAAGUCUCAAAUAGUUUUGCCUAUUACCAAACAUAAUUUUUUUUAAAGAUUUCAACAAAACUAAAUGGCAAUAUGAUCAAAUAAAAUACAUCUCAUAAAAAGUCAAUAGCUGAAGUCCAGCUUUUUGUAAGUAGUGGUGCUGUGCAUUACACUUCAUACGCUUACCUCCUGGCAAAGGUUUAGUAGGCAGGUUGAAUGGUGAUGAUAACGUGAACUUUAUAGCCGGCAUGGGCAAUGAAUGUUUUGAAAGUGAGAUUUGUAAGUACUGGAUAUAUUCAAUGGUUGUAGUGAUUAUUUUUUUGAAAUGAUGAUAGAAACCUUGAGAGACCUGUUCAUUUGUAUAUAAUGUUGAAACGGGAUAUAAUGUUUACCUCUGCACUCAAAGUGACUGUGUUGUCCAUGUAUUGUUACAUAUUGUGUAUGUUGCAUGAUACCUUGUAUGGUACCAGAUACAGAGCAGCCCCUUAGAUCAGUAAUGCAGCAUUUGAAUUACAAAAUAAAUUUAAUGUAAAUCUUGAUAUGAUAAAUUCCAUUUUUAUUUGUGUGAUGAGAUAACAUGACUUUUGUUUUGUGAAGCUGGUUAGAUUCUCACAUAUGCAUUUUUAUGCCCCUGAAGGUGAUCGUAUUAAAAUCGCACCGUCCGUCCGUCCGUCCGUCCGUCCGUCCGUCCCGCUCUGUAACUUUCCCUUGUAUGGACAGAUUUUAAAAUAACUUGCCACAUGUGUUCCACAUACCAAGACAACGUGUGGCGUGCAAGACUCGUGUCCCUACCUCAAAGGUCACACUUAGUGUUUAUUCACAAUGGAGUGCUGCAUAUAAGGACAUAGAGUAUAGGUUGUCGUGUCCGGGCUGUAACUUUCCCUUGUAUAGACAGAUUUUAAAAUAACUUGCCACAUGUGUACCACAUACCAAGACGACGUGUCGCAUGCAAGACCCGUGUCCCUACCUCAAAGGUCAAGGUCACACUUAGUGUUUAUUCACAAUGGAGUGCUGCAUAUAAGGACAUAGAGUAUAGGUUGUCGUGUCCAGGCUGUAACUUUCUCUUGAAUGGUCAGAUUUUAAAAUAACUUGCCACAUGUGUUCCACAUACCAAGACGACGUGUCGCGUGCAAGACCCGUGUCCCUUCCUCAAAGGUCAAGGUCACACUUAGUGUUUAUUUACAAUGGAGUGCUGCAUACAAGGACAUAGGGUAUAGGUUGUUGUGUCUGGACUGUAACUUUCCCUUGUAAGGACAGAUUUUAAAAUAACUUGCUACAUGUGUUUUACAUACGUAGACGACGUGUCCUGUGCAAGACCUAUGUCCCUACCUCUAAGGUGAAAGAUACACUAAGUGUUUAUUCACAAGGGAAUUCUGAAUAUAAGGACAUAACAGUGCAGGUUGUCAAGUAUGGGUGGUAUUUUUUUAUGUUCAGAGGAAAUUUAAAAUAACUUGCCAUAUGUAUUUGACACAUAAAGGCAAGAUCAACUUUUCAUGUACUGACCUUGUUCGUAGGUCAAUGUCACAUUCGGGGGCAUUCGUCACAUACUGUGACAGCUCUUGUUUUAUGUAUGGUUUAUGAAAAGUAUAUAAUGCAAUUUCAAUAAAGCACAAUCAAAUAUAUAUGUAUGCAAUACUUUUUAUUAAAAUUGAAAAUAAUUUAUCUUAAAAAUGCGAUUUUUAGAGGAACUGUUUGACGUCAAUAGUGAUUUAAAAUUUCUGCUUUUUUAUGUCAGUAAACAACCUCGCUCGUGCUUUUGGUGAAAUGUAAAAAAGUCCGUUUUCUAUGUCUAUUUUUCCACAAAUUGAUAAUUUUAGAUAUGCAAGAAAAAAUAUCAAUCAUGUUUUUCCGGUCCGGAUUAGAAAGCCUCGUAACUGGUUUACGAGCGUGCCCUCGGGUUGGAUUUUUCGAUCAGUACCGGAAACACAUUAAAGAUAGUGAAAGAUAUUGUUAUUGCUAUUACGACAAAAAUUACAUGUACUUUUCGUUGCUUUUGCCAUUAAUCAAUAAUUGUUGAAAGCUUUUGCUUUUUCAGUUAUUUAAUUACCUGUAUUUAUUAAAAUAUCAAUUGUUCUGUAACGGCAUGUAUAUAUUAUUUUUUUUUUCUGUGUUAAAUUGUGCAGUGUUAAUACAUAUUUAUAGGUAAAUGCAUUCCUUAAAUUGUGUAAUAAAAUAAAACUACCGGUAACUUU